UGAGCGGCUCCGGCCCCGCCAGCGCAGCCAGCCGCCCUGACCCGCAGCCUGCGGACAGACGGACGGACGGACAGCCGCGGCCGCCCCCGUGGGGAGGGACGCCGCAGCCGAACCCGGGGCCCGCCCACCCUGCACCCAGCCGCGUCGCUAAGCCAAGAUGCCCGCCGUCGACAAGCUUCUCCUGGAAGAAGCUCUUCAGGACAGCCCGCAGACUCGUUCUUUGCUCAGUGUCUUUGAGGAAGAUGCAGGAACCCUCACUGAAUACACAAACCAGUUGCUUCAGGCAAUGCAGCGAGUCUACGGUGCUCAGAAUGAGAUGUGUCUUGCCACACAGCAGCUUUCGAAGCAGCUCCUUGCCUACGAGAAGCAGCAUUUUGCCUUAGGAAAAGGAGAUGAAGAAGUGAUAUCCACCCUUCAUUACUUUUCCAAAGUUGUGGAUGAGCUCAAUGUUCUCCAUUCUGAAUUGGCAAAACAGCUUGCAGACACAAUGAUUCUCCCAAUAAUACAAUUUCGGGAGAAGGAUCUCACAGAAGUAAGCACGUUGAAGGAUCUUUUUGGCCUUGCCAGCACUGAACAUGACGUGUCCAUGGCAAAGUAUAGCAGGUUACCGAAAAGGAAAGAAAAUGAAAAGCAUAAGGCAGAAGUGGCAAAAGAAGUGGCGAAUGCAAGGAGAAAGCAGCAUCUUUCAUCUCUGCAAUAUUACUGUGCCCUUAAUGCUCUGCAGUACAGGAAGAGAGUGGCAAUGAUGGAACCUAUGCUAGGAUAUACAAGAGGACAGAUCAACUUUUUUAAGAAAGGAGCGGAGAUGUUUUCCAAAAGAUUGGACAGCUUUUUGACAUCUGUUUCUGACAUGGUUCAGAGCAUACAGGGAGAGUUGGAUGCCGAAGCUGAAAAAAUGAGGAUAUCCCAGCAGGACUUAAUUUCAGUUAAUGAGUCUGUUUACACCCCAGACUCCGAUGUAACUUCACCUGCUAUCAAUAGGAAUCUCAUCCAGAAGGCUGGCUACCUUAAUCUUAGAAAUAAAACAGGGCUGGUGACUACAACUUGGGAAAGACUGUAUUUCUUCACCCAAGGUGGCAACUUGAUGUGUCAGCCCAGGGGAGCAGUAGCUGGAGGAUUGAUUCAGGACCUGGACAACUGCUCUGUUAUGGCUGUGGACUGCGAAGACAGAAGAUACUGCUUUCAGAUCACUACUCCUACAGGCAAAACGGGUAUAACUCUUCAAGCAGAAAGCAGGAAGGAAUACGAGGAGUGGAUUUGUGCCAUCAACAACAUCUCCAGACAGAUCUAUCUCACCGACAAUCCAGAGGCAGCCGCAAUCAAGUUAAAUCAGACAGCCCUACAGGCAGUGACUCCCAUUACUAGCUUUGCAAAAAAACAUGAAGCUCACCAUCCCAGCCAGAAUGUAAAGAAUACAGAUAAUGGUAAAACAACUCCCAGUGAAUCAGCUGGCAUUCAGGACUCCACACAACUUAUUGCUCUUGGAACACCGAUUCAGUUUGAUAUUGUACUGCCUGCCACAGAAUUCCUGGACCAGAAUAGAGGUGGCAGGCGUGCAAACCCAUUUGGGGAGUCUGAAGAUGGUAGCAAAGAUGAGGAGGAAGAUUCGCUCUUGCAGCAGAUGUUCGUCGUUCGGUUUUUAGGAUCCAUGGCUGUUCAGUCAGACAACACAAGCGAGGUGAUUUAUGAAGCCAUGAGACAAGUGUUAGCUGCUCGUGCGAUCCAUAACAUAUUCCGCAUGACUGAGUCUCAUCUCAUGGUCACCAGCAAGAACCUGAGAUUAAUAGAUCCUCAAACGCAAGUUACACGAGCCAGUUUUGAACUUGCCACUGUGACUCAGUUUGCUGCUCAUCAGGAUAACAAGAGACUCAUUGGUUUUGUGGUCCACCUCCGUGAGACCCCAGGAGAAGAAUCCAUGAGUGCAUAUGUUUUUGAGAGCAACACAGAAGGAGAAAAGAUCUGCUAUGCCAUUAGCUUGGGAAAAGAAAUUGCAGAGGCGCAGAAGGACCCAGAAGCAUUAGCUCAGCUGAUGAAGUCUGUGCCCUUCACAAACGAUGGGAAGUUUGUGCUGCUGAACGAUCAGUCAGAAGAGGAUGGAGCCACACGUGAAGAAGGAGAGGAGUCAGAAGCAUGAAGAACUCUUGUCGUUUCCUCCAGCCUGUAUGGAAGCAAGGAGAAGCUGGGAGGCUGUCCAAGAAUCUCUGUUUUUAAACCAUCUGCGCACACGUGAGGCCACGGCUUCUGGCACCCGCGAGGGGGAUGGCAGCAUCUUUGCAGAGGUUCCUCGGGCUUUGCAGUGAACAACAGCAAAACUUUGGCCUUAGGAAAUUUUUGCAUUUGUGAAUGUGUAGUGCAGAGGUGGGCCUGGGACACUGGCAAUCUUAGGCAAUGUUCCAGCAUGAGCCCCUUGCUGCUGGCAGCUCAGACGGCACAGCUGUCAGCCACAAAGGGUUAAUGUCACUUCCGCAGGCUCACGGGGAGCAGCCUUCACUGCUGCUGGAAUGAGCACGAGUUGUAAGCUGUCAGCUCCUUUAGGAAAUGCAUCAGGCCUAACUUCUUCCUGUAGUCAGUUUUUAUAGUUUGCAUGAUUAUGUGCAUCUGAAUGAAGGUUUAAAAUGCACUAUUUACUUUAUUUUCAGAUGAAGUUAUUUUUAGUCUAGUUUUAAGCGUAACAAGAUUUAUCUUUUGUGCUAGCCUAUUUACAGAGCCAUUUGUUAAACACUAAAUUUUUUCCUAUUAAUAUAAUCUAUUUUUAUAUUGCGCCUGGAAUAAGCUUACAAAACAAAUCUAAGUGCCUACUCUUACCUUUACGGGGACCGCAUUCACAUUCCAUCAUUUAAUAAUGGGCAGAAUGUAGCCCCUUGGUUUACUGCUCUAAGUACACGUGGACAUCAGAGGCAGUCAGCAGUGGGGCACAGUGGCCAAGCGCGGUUUUUUCUGGUGGUUAGGGAUCUUAAAAUUAAGAGAAAUUGUGGAGACAACUUGUAGGACAAGUAAUUUUAUAAUAAAGAGUUCUUUGUAUUCUUAACCCGACAGUGGCAUGCAGCAUUGGAGCCUACCAGCAAUCUUCACUUUUCCAAAGCUGAGCAAUAAAACGCUAGCAGGCUGCAGCACAAGGACUAGUUUCACUGCACAUUCCUGACAUUAGAAGCCAUACAUACCAGCUAAGAAGUUUAGAUUUUCUUUCUCCUUCAAGCUUAACCUGAAGACAUGAGAAGCUGUACUUGGCAAGAACAAAUAAAUGGGAGUUACUGAAGAGAGAGGAGGGGGAGGCAGUAUGGGGCAUGGUUUAUAGUAGUGAAGAUGGAACAAACAGCUGAAAAUUUGCAGCUGAAUUUGACUCAUCUCAAGCACUUCAUAGGAAUGUAGGUUUUCUGUAAGCAAUCUGUGCUAGGGCAGCUGGAUGAGUACAGCUUGCAGUGUUUGACAUGUAAUAAAUUCAUUGAGCUGGUUUGCUGACUGUAAGAACCGUGGAAGAAAACUGC